AAAGUCAACAUAACACAGCAAACGUACAGCAAUUAUUAACAUUUUUCUGGGGCCCUCAUGAGGCUUGAGAGUCAGUCAGUGGAGGAGUGGAGCUCCGGGUGCAGGCUCAACUUUCCCCAGGACAGAGUCCUGUUUCCGCGGCGUCAUGACUCUCUACCACGGCCGUCUGCCGUCGCUCGGAGUGCCAUCCUCGGCUCUGAGCCUCACCGCCCCCCAGCUGAUCUACUUUUACGGACGAGAAAGCGGAGGGGUAGUACCCGCCACCUUGAGCUUCGUGCCGGCCCGCCAGGAGCCUCCGCAGAAGCCGCCCUACAGCUACAUCGCGCUCAUCGCCAUGGCCAUCAAGAACGCACCGGAGCAGCGCGCAACUCUCAGCGGCAUCUACCAGUUUAUCAUGGACCAGUUUCCAUUUUAUCACGACAACAAGCAGGGCUGGCAGAACUCCAUCCGACACAACCUCUCGCUAAAUGACUGCUUCAUCAAGGUACCUAGAGAGAAGGGCCGGCCCGGCAAAGGCAGCUAUUGGACGCUGGACACCAAGUGUCUGGAUAUGUUUGAGAACGGCAACUAUCGUAGGAGGAAGAGGAAGGCGAAAAGCCAGCAGGAGACUCUGGACUUCAAAGCUGCUGGACACAAGCGCACCAAGUGCCCGGGGCCACCCAGGGACCCUCAAACCUCUAUGAAACAUCAGACUGACUCGGAGAUAGCAGACAUACCAGCGAGGAAGGAUUCCGAGAAGAUGGAAACACAACCAGACACUAAACCGGUUCUUGUCGAGUUUAACCACGCCGAACAGCCGCAAAAUUCCCCCAUUCAAAGACUCAGAUUGUUCCCCUACCAAGACACUGCUGCAUCCACUGGGAGGAGGUUUGACGCUCUGCAGCCGGAGCCCUGCGCCGCUCCGAGACACGCUCCGCUGUGGGUGGAUGGUGCGCAUCUCCUAGGCGCGUCCCUCCGCUGGGAGCCAGAGGAGAGAAGGUCAGCUUUCAGUGGAAGAGAAAGAGAAAGAAGUCCGCUCUGCGCCGUCAGCUGCGCGAGAAACACAAACUUGGCUGCACUUGCGCAGGACAGACAGAAAGUAAAUGUUCCGAGCAGGGAUAAAUCGAAAGGUUUUAGCAUCGAGAGCAUUUUAUCGAAAAGUGAAGACGAAAUGCGCGGCAGCAUCCUUGGUUUGUCAGCGGAGACAUGCGCAGAGCGUCAAAGCCAAAGUUCAUCUGUGGUCCUCGGUGCUCGGCCGCAUCAGUUAUACCAGAUGGGAUUCCCCCUCUGCUCUUACCUAUCACUCCCCUACCCUGACAAAGUACUGCAUUUUAAAUGAGUACAAUUAUGAAUUUAGACUUUAAUAUAUUUCACGUAUGGAUGCAUAAAAGUGCAAAGCGUGAUUAGCUUUGCAUUAUAGGUUACUAUGAGACAGUUUAGGCCUACUCUUUUUUUUCAGGAUCUCUUCCAUCUUCAUCAUCUACAGUAAUGAUCAGACAACGACAGAGAGCAGCAUGAAAGCAUUUAGAUUCAUCUUUAUGCAUGAGUUAUUGUCAGGAUUUUGGUUAUUUUCACCAAGUUUUCCCAAACUAAUGCUUCUUAAAGUCUGUGGCUGCGCAGUUAAAUGCUUAAUACAACAAAAAGCUAAAAGUGUAUAAUGAUAUUGUCAUUGUUGUGUGCAUAUUUAGGGAAAGCUCAUGUAUACAGUAUUUUCCUCUUCAUUCAUGAUGACAAAAACCCUCAGAGUACAUAUGUUUUAUUGUAUUAAUUCGAGGAAGAAUCUUGAAUGUAAUGUUUGGGCCCGUGUAGCCUAUAUAGUAUACUAUAUAGGACUACAUAGGACUAGGACUAUACUUUGAAUUCUGACAAUAUUGUAUAAUAUGAAAAUGAAGUUUAAUACUCAAUAAUGUAAUCAAAGCUAUUUUACAUUCCACUGUGCUCUGAAUUUUAUGUUCAAAAUAAAGUUUAGUUUGGUAAUUGACAUUGUUUAUUUAAAAUUAGACGUCAAAACCAAAACUAGAAAUACUAGUGGAAGACUCGAGUCUGUAGCUAUUUGAAUGAAAUGUCACCUCAACAUAAUCCGUGAUCUACAGUUCAGAAAGACACGGUUAACAUGUGUGUUUUUGUAUUUGCUUUUCAGUUUUUCUGCAAUAACAAGCUUAUGAUCAUCAAGUUUCAUCGGGCCAAUUCAGUUUUGCUGUGUGCAUCCUAGUUGGUAAAAAAGAUUAGUUAUCCAAAGUGAUUACAGAUAUCAGGUGUAAUCCAGGAUGUUAAGAUUGUUUCCUUGGCAGCGUUUGCAUCAACCUCAGAUUGAUAAUAAGGAAUCAUCAUUAAGAAAACAAAGACAAGGAUUGUAGGCAAUUUCACUAUCAGCUAAGAUUCAAUUAACAUGACUCACAAAACUGAGGUGUCCAAAAUACCCCUGGACACUCCUGAACAAAACUAAGUUCUUACUUUUUCCAUUUU